AUGUUAUAAUAAUCACAAUAAAUUGAUUACUUAUAUAUACCAACUAGUAAGAAUUUAUAAUAAUUACUAAAAACAACUACCUUCUGGACUAUUGGAAACAUUCAGAGUACACAUUUAAUUAAAUCAUAAUUACUCAACAGAACAAAAAAUAAGAAUUGUGAGUAUGCUUUGACUAAUAAUGGCUACUUGAUCAAAUUUGGAACCAGCAACACUAAAUAUUGCUACUUAUUGAAUAAUCUUUACAUAAUUACAUAUACGAAUAAGUAUUUCACCGUUAGAUCUCAGGAUAAGUCUAAAGAAUAUCAAGGACCCAAUGAAAAGCUAACUCGCAUAUGGAUAGAGUAUUUGACCAGGUUUUGUAUAAUUAGAGGAGAAGUUUAUAACAGAUUUAAGUUCAUUAAUUAAAUUAGUAAUGGAAACUAUUCGAAAGGGUAUUUGAUAGAGAAUGACGAAAAGAGACAGUUUGUAUGCAAAUCCUUUUAAAAAGCAGAUUUGUAGAUGGUGAUAAAACUCAAAGAUUCUGUGAUAGGUGAAAUCUUACUUUUGAGGCAAGUCAAUCAUCCAAAUGUCAUCAAACUAUUUGAAAUUCAUGAAGAUUCUAAAAACAUUUAUUUGAUUUACGAAUGGGCAAUGGGAGAAUUAUUUUAAGAAUUUUAGUAAAUAAAAGCUAAAAAAUCUCGUUUUACUGAACAAAAAGUCAGUCACAUAAUGAGACAGAUCUUUUUAGGAUUGAGCUAUAUUCAUUCCUUAAAUAUCAUGCAUAGAGAUAUAAAAUUGGAGAAUAUAUUGAUAAAAGAUUAAAGUUCAAUUAUUAUUGCUGAUUUUGGUUUAGCCGCAAAAAAGCUGCCUAAAUUUGAAUUUAAAAAAUAUGGCACUCCAGGCUAUAUAGCCCCUGAAGUAUUGAAUUUGAAGGUCUACAAUGAAAAAGUGGACAUAUUUAGUGCUGGUGUAGUUGCUUAUAUAUUACUAACAUAAAAACCAUUAUUUAUAGGAUCUACUAUUAGUGCUAUUUUAAAUUAAAAUACUGCUGGGAAAAUCGAUUUUGAAAAGCCCUCCUUUAUCAAUCUAAGCAAAGAUGCUUAAUUCUUUUUACGCAAAGUGUUAUCUUUAGAAGAAGACUAACGCCCCUCUGCCUAAGAUUGCUUAGAGUCCUCUUUUCUAAAGAACUAAUUCUAAUUAAAUGAGAUUGGAUCUCCAAUUAAACCUAAUUUAAAUAUUAGAUUGAGUUAUUUAGGCUCCAGCAUAUUACCAUAACAGAUCAACUUAUCCAGAGCUAAGAGAAAGUCUAUGCGGCAAUAUAUUUUAUUAAAACAAGCAAUUAUUACUGAAAAAUAAAAAUAAUAAAUAUUGCCAUAAAUAGCUGAAUAAUAGAAUGGAGAGGAGGAAGAUAACGAACGAUUGAUAGUUCAAGAGAGCGUUAAAUAGAUCGCUGGCUCAUUUUACACAGAGAAUCAAAAGGGAAGUCAAAACUCAGAUGAUUCAAAUGGAGAAUCUUCAGGUGAAAGUUUGAGUGGAGUGUCAUCUUCUGAAAGUGAAGAUGAUUUUAAUCUAUUUUAAGAGGAGGAUGACUUAUAGUAUUUGUCAUCAAAAAUAACUAAAUUAGGAGGUUUAUAAAUAAAAAUUAAGAGAUGA